AUGUACCCGGUGUUGGCCUCCACCUCCCUCAUCGCGCUCUAUGUGCCGCGCUCGUCUUCGCUGUGUAACUUCAUCGCCUCGCUGUAUCACUCCGUCACCCUGCUGAAGUUCAUGGGGCUGAUCACAGACUUCUGCGGGGGGAGAGCCCGGAUGCUGUCGGCUCUGUCCGGGCAGCACGUGUCUCCAGACCCGUUCCCCUGCUGCUGCUGCUGCUGCCUCCCCCUGGUGGCCAUCAGCAGCAGCCGCGGCUGGAUGAUGGCGGCGGUGCUGCAGCUCUCAUUGGUCCGCAGCAUCCUGUUCUUUGUCACCCUGGUGCUGUGGACGGACGAACAGUACGACUACGGAGACGUGGACUCGGUCAACCUCAACCUGUACGUGAACGCCAUCAUCGGCGUGUCGACCUUCGUGUCGUUCUACGGCCUCCUCCUCUUCUACAAGGCCACCAAGGGCGCUCUGCGCGGCUUCGGCCUGCGGGCCAAGUUCCUGUGCGUCAUCGUGGUGCUGGUGCUGUGCGGCCUGCAGAGCGGCGUCCUGGAGACCAUGGGCGCUCUGGAGGUCAUCCCCUGCGCUCCACCCUUCUCCGUGCUGGCUCGGUCCCAGUUGAUCUACCACUACUGUGUGAUCGUGGAGAUGUUCUGCAUCGGCCUCUACGCCCGGCACACGUUCCGCAAGGUGGAGCCCAGCGCGGUGACGGAGGUCAGAGCCGGGAGGGUCAGAGCCGGGCGGGUGGAGAAGGGCGUGCAGACGGACGGCGACCAGAUGACGCGUCACAGGUACAGCAGCGACGGCGAGGACAGCCUGUGCAGGAUCGAGCACGCCCCCCUGGAGGAGUUCUCCUUCCCUCAGGUCAGAGGUCAGCAGCCAGGCCGCUCAGAACCAGAACCGGGUUUAGAACUGACCCACACGACCGUCAGGCCUGAAGUGAACUAUGAGGACUCUAAGGACGUCACGGUGGUCUGACCCACGAUGGAGGGUCUGUAAUCACCUAGAAGAUGCUGAUACUGACGAGGUCUGUGUGGAGCCCCGAGGACCUGGACCACGAGGACCUGGACCACGAGGACCUGGACCACGAGGACCUGGACCACGAGUACCUGGACCAUGAGGACCUGGACUAACAGCGACCCACUUAUGAUCCAAAAGAAGGACUUCUACCUAUUUAAAACCCUGAUAUUAGCAAAUAAUGAGGCCAUCAAAAGGAGCUGGAUGAAAAGUGACCCUCCAACCCCACAGGGGCUGACAUGCAGAGGAAAUAAACAUAUAUAAUAUAUUUAUAUAUUAUGUACUGUAAGGAGGAAUGUUCUCUCUUCCUGAGGAUAAGAACAGGAAAAGACGAGUAAUGUUCUCAGCUGAAAAGAAUAGAUGACACAUUGUAAAGAGCGAUUGAUGAGCCUCUAAUAAUUUAUUAUCUUUUUUCUACUUUUGCAUUUAUUUUCUUUAAUUGUUAUUUUUCUUUAAGUUUUAAGCUUUUUGUCAUUUACAAUGUUUUGUCGCUUUUUUUGGUCAAUAAAUAUAGAGACAAAAGAAAGCCUUGUCUCUUCAGGAUUCA